GGUAGACUUUUGGGACGGUGUCAUAACUGUACACGGUGUCUCUCCACUUUAUCAACUUUCAAUGGAGACCACUAGGAGUUUGGACCACUUUUAUUCCGUACUUUUGUAGUAUUUCUUCUCUGUGCUCGUUGAUGAUUUUGAUAAACAAUUCAUUUUCUCUCGGUGUUCUCAGGAGGAUCGUAUCUAAUUUCUUACAGUGCAGCGGAGUCACUGAACUCAGGGGAAUGCCUGUGUGUUUUCCUUUUUACAGCGUUUAUGAACACCGACUGUAGAAAGUAAGUUAAUGUGUCUGUUAGAGGAAUCGCUUUGGUUUCGGACCCAGUAUAUAACUACCAAGCUAUAAGCGACGUAAGUCAACGGUCCAUUUGCUUUGGUUAAUAAUUAGAUAGAGCGGUGUUCUGAAUUUAACAACUUCUUUGAGGGUUAUUUUUUCGCAACUCCUCGGUUGUAAAGAAUAUUACUCAACUUUUUGGCACUGCUUUAUCUGUCAACAUGCCUUAUAACUUUCCGGCGGCAACCUGUAACCCAGCCUUUGAAGUUCAAGUCGUCGCUUUUCUGCGUUUUUUGUGGAAUUAUCCAGAAAUAUCUGCGCCCACAGGAUGUGCUUUAUCUUCUCACGCUGUUUGGAAACUCACACACUGUGAUUGUAAGGUACAGUGACUCGUGUACACUGUAAUAUUAAUAAGAGUUUGGAUACAGAUGAAUAUUGAUACAGUGUUCACAGGACCUGCCGUUCUUUGGGGAGAGGAUACUACAGCUGAACCAUAACGCAAACACGUUACAAAAGAGGACACUUGUGUAUCUGGUGAAGCUCAGGCUGCUGGACAACUACUGCACACUUCAAGCUCUAACACGACACAGCGUGUCUUCAUGGUGCCUUUGAGCAUGCAGUGUUUCGCCACCCACAUUAAUGACACUGGAUAAAAGUUCCAAGCUCAAGCUCAUUGUAACUCGGAAGAUAUUCUUUGUUCCAUGUGGGUACUGCUUUCUAUAACGUCUCGAGUUUGAAUAUUAACUGGUGCUGAAUGGAAGUUUUAGGACAUUCACGCAUGAGUUAUGAUGGCAGUCCUCCAGCUCUAAAAGUUUGGUUUGUAUCUGUUUAGUCGUCGACGCGGAGAGAAGAAGUGGGGGACGUAUAAAUAUAUACACAUAUUUUCUCCGUUUGUCUACCCGCGGCGCUUGCCUGCUUUGAAGUCCACCAUGUGCGGCCGGGCACCGCCGCUACAGCCGAGGCCAUGACCGUCCCCCAGCGGCGCCUGGCCGGGCUCUGGCCGUGGCUGCUCAUGGCGGCCCUGCAGGUGGUGCUGGGCCAGCCGGGCCUGGAGUCCGAGCGGCCGUUCCAGCGAGCGGUCAUCAAGGUGGCACUGCUGAACCAAGAGUCGACGGGGAAGCCCAUCACUCUGCAAGGGGUGUUCGUGCGAGGAAGUGCCGGCAGGGCGGAGGGAAAACUAAUGCAGUAUCACCCUCUGUCUCUGUGCAACACAAGUGAAGAUGAACGCCAAGAGGGUGACUUCAUCACCAUUGUCAAACUGGAGCACAGGGUACCACGCUGUCUGCCGCUGGUUGAUAAGGCUCGUAUGGCAUUGGACAAAGGAGCUCAGGCCGUGAUCUUUGAUGUCAGUGAUGAUGCCAAUGCUGCUUCUGAUCUGAGAGAAGCAGACUUCCUUCGCGGCCCCGUGGUGCUGGUGGAGGCACAGAAUGCUGAGGAGUUGAUGGGUUUGGUUAACAAGAACGAAGAGGCCAAAGUUACUAUUGAGCUCCUGGUGGAGCUGCCCAGUUGGCAACAUUAUGAUGUUGGUAUCCUGCUCACCAUUGUCCUAGCUAUUCUGACCAUCGUCCUAAUCUUCGCUUUCCGCUACAAGUGCAAGUCCAACCGGACCUGGGACUCAGUCCAUCAGCAGACCAUGCGGGCCAUCAGUCGCCUGGAGACCAAGACGUACAGCUCUCAGGGCUGCUCGGGGGCCCAGCGGCACCGCGCAGCCUGGGGCUCGGCCAGCAGCUCCAACUCCAGCCCCGUCUGUGCCAUCUGCCUGGACGAAUUCCUGGACGGGCAGCAUCUGAGGAUCAUCUCCUGCGCUCACGAGUUCCACAAAGAGUGUGUCGACCCCUGGCUGCUGCAGCACCGCACCUGUCCCCUCUGCAUGCAUAACAUCAUGGGGACGGAGCGGCAGCCCCAGAGGACCAGCAGACAGAGUCAGGAGCAGAGCCAGAGCUUCCUGCACCCUCAGCCCUUCAGCAGCCCACACAGCCACCUCUUCCCCCAGCACGCCAUCCCCUUCUCUAUGAGGCCCCACUAUCCCCGGGGACCCUCAGGACCGUACCCCUCUCUGGGCCACUACUCUGGCUCUUCUCCCGUAGACGCUCAGACACUACGCUUCCUCACCAGCAGGCAGCUCGCCUCCAGCUGUGGGUACCACCUUCCUGUGGAGGGUCCCGGGAGGCCCCAUAGGAUAAGUGGUAACUGCAGGACUUCCACUCACCACUACACCCCCCGUCGGCCCUGCCACAACAACUACCGCUCAGCCUGCCCUGCCCAGCGCAGUGCAUCCAGCUCCAGACUGCAGCACGCGGCCUCCUCCACGCCACAGCCCCGCGGAGCGCCCCCCCACACCCGGCAGGACGACGGCAGCUGCUCGGGGGGGAGCUACCACACAGAACGCAGCGGGUACUUGGCUGAUGGGCCAGCAAGUGACUCCAGUUCGGGGCCAUGUCAUGGCUCCUCCAGCGACUCUGUCCUGAACUGUACUGACGUGUCCCUGCAGGGGGUCUAUGGCAGCUGGUCCACCUUCCGGAGCUCCCUGAGCAGUGACUACGAUCCGUUUGUGUAUUACGGGCCAGGUCCUGGACACGGGCCCCGCAGGAGCAGCCUAGAGGAAGGGGCCCAGGCCCGGCCCAGGUCUCUGGAUUCUGUUGUGAACAAAGCAGGCUGCCCCGAGGAGCAGACGCAGACUGUGUUCAGCCACAUCCACUACCACCGCCACAGACACCACCACUAUGAGGAGGGGGAGCACAGCAGGGGCUCGGACGAGGAGCAGGGGGCCGCUGCUGCUGAUGCAGCUGCUUCUGCUGCUCCUCUCCUGGACAAAGACUCGCCCAUGUGCCCCCCUAAGCACAGCCCCUGCCAGUGCCCGAAGCCAGAGCCCACAGACCGGCCCAGUCCGGGGGCCGAGUGUCAGGACCCUAGCAGCCCUCCUCCAGUCCUGGUGUCCCCAAUCCCCUUACAGCUUCAGCCCCACUGCUGCCACCAGGGACACGGACACCCUCCCGCUCCACUUGGGCGAGUGGGGGGCUACGUUCACGACGGCCCCUCUGUUCGCUUCCACCAGAGCCUGGAUCUGCAGGACGACCGCAGCAUCCACAUCCACUAUGGUCAGGGGCCCGGCUUCUGCUGCUCCCCCCCUGAGCUGCACCCCGCCCUGCUCCCCGUGCCCCUCAUUCUGGACUCUGGGGGUAUUGAGGAGUGGCCCUGCUAUGCCGGGGCCCAUGUUGUGUGGCAAAAGCGGGUGCAGCAGGCCCGCUCAGAGCCUCAGCUCUUGGGGCCCGGGGCCCCUAUGGACAGGCCCCCCUGCAGGUUCUACCACGGUCCUGCUGCUGACUGUAACACAGACAUUUGUUUGCACUGCCAAACUUUACACCACAAUCAGGGAUCAGAAGAGGAGUCCGGUGUGUGAGAACUUGUUGCAUCCCCGAUAAUCAAGCUGCUACCCAGGAGCCAGAAUGGACAGGCCUCUCAUUGGCUAUCGCUCUCACGUCUUCCACAUUGUUCCACCAGCAAUUCCCCCCGGGAUUCAGAACUCACACUGAAAUGCUCUUUCGCCUGAGUUGGAUUGAAAUGAUUAUAAUUGAAUCAUGCUAAAACUUAAACAAAUCAUUUUUUAAGUGAAGACCCUUCAUAAUGUUGAAAAUACAUUGAAUUAUGAAAAUGUUUGGGAGCUGCUGGAGAAACGACUCAUACACCACAAAGAGGCAACAAGGUUUUUCUGCAUUUCUCCUCUUCAGAUAUAUAGGAAUAAUAUUCAUUUUGGAUAUGAUAUCACAAGUUCCCAUGCUCCUUAGCAAUGAAUGAUCCUUGCUUAGGGUGUUGAGCCCUCAUGAAGUGAGACUCCAUCUCUGCGUCGCUCACUCUAAAGCAAAAAUAACUUGAUUUAUCUUCGAGGUACUAUCUUUCACUCUCGUGAUCUGCGUCUUCCUUCGCUGAGUCUAGUCUCAGCUGAGAGAAGCUUUUCUCUCCAGCCUACCUCAGCUCAGAUUUCUUAACAUGCCUCACACAGGGGGUCUUUAAAGGUACUGCUGUAGUGAUUCUUUUUUAUGUCACAACCACGUAGCUCCCAUAAACUCAACAAAAAGUGUUCCUCUUGGCAGUCCGACCUGUCCAAAAUGGAGAGGAAGGUUGAUGCUCAGCCCCUCACACAGCGAGCGUUCAAUGAGGUAGCUGAGCCUCGCAUGGGCCCUUUUUCAUUAUUUCAAUAAUGGCAGCUGUUUUGUUUGUGUUUUGGAUCAUUUUCUGUAUUUUUUUUUUUGUAGUAUGUAAUUAUUAUUUUUUUAUCCUCUCAGAAUGAACCGGUUUGACUGAAUUAUCCCGUCGUCAUUACAAGCUAGUGUAAACUUGUUCUCGCCAUUUCUCUUGCCAUUGGUGUCUUCACAUGUUGGUGCUGUUAAACCUCCCGAUCAGUGAAAAGUGUACAGGCCAUAAUACAACCAUAUCCUCUGCUGCUUUAACGGCUAAUUCAUCGCUAUGUUGUGUUAUUCUCCAAAAAGGGUGCACCCUCCCUUUGUCUUCCAGGAACUAAAGCUCAAGGGAAAUGUUCUACCUUCUAGAAAAAGUGAUUAUUUCAUGAUAUAACCCGAGUAAAGCCAUGUAACCGAACAGUCCCGAAACAUCCUUAAACUCUGCAAGCUUCCCCAGUGAUUUUCACCCUGACCCUAGAACAGACAUUCUAAGUUGUUGUAUCUCCUGUGUUUAUGAUUUAGGGUAAAUCUAUAAGGAUACGUAAUGAUCAGGAUAAGCAGUUUUUGUUAGCAAAAUGAGUAUUACAAUAGCAAAGGAGUAACAAAAAAAUCACCUAAAAUUAUACUGGCAAAUAUUAAAUUGUAUUUUCUCACCUAUAUCACAGAUUAAACUUUGUUUUUUCCAGUUUAUACUAACUGUGAUAUAAAAAAUGUCAAACAUUACACAUAUAACAAUAUCAUGUAAACAUUUUUUGGGGGAAUAACUUUCCAAAAACUGUUUAAACGCAAUUAUAAAAUCAUGAACUGAAAAUCUGAUACUGCCCUGACAGAAAAGAUAUCCUGGAAAAAGCUUCUUUGUCAUCUGUUCUUAAGUCAUAAACACAGGAAAUGCACCAUUUCAGAUCAGACGUAAAAAAAAUGCAUUACAAGAAUUGUUUUUCUCAUUUGCCUCUCAGGACUUCUUAAGUAAUGAUACCCCAAUCGGUAAAAGAUCCUGUGUUGUUGUACAUUUGCAUUGUUCUAAAUUAGAUUCAGUAUUUACAUUUUUUUAAAUUAAGAUGAAAUAUUUACGCCAUCCUUUAAAAAUAAAAAUCUAAAUAUCCAUUAUCUUCUCACUCCACCUAUUUAGCCCCUCUGGCAGACAGAACAUGUGUCCAGGAAGAAUUACUCUGAUAACUUAAAUUGUGUGGAUAGUAGUCAAAGAUGGCUUUAUUUGUGUAUCUUUAACACAGACUCCUCUGCUAGGCUAAACGAUCACACAUUAGAGGAAUUAGAAUGCUAUAAUAGUGUGGACUUUCCCUUAAAGGCUAAGUGAAAUGUGAAAGGCUUUACUCAGCAGCAGUCAGAUACAGUUUAACAGCAGACACAGAGCUCAUGGGUAUUGCAAUGUAACCAGUAGCACUUAAUAAAAAGCCUUAUAUGUGCCUUAUUCAUAAAGAAACUGUUCAUAAUCCUCAUUCAGGACCCUCCCCCCCCCCACACACACACACACACACACUAAGCUCUUACCUGUCCAACCAAAGAGGCACAAUCUUGAACACAGUGAACUUAUAACUCAGUAUGUGUUGGCAACCCUUUCCUUAAAUAUAAGAACAAAAUGUGCUUUUGUGAAGAGGACCUGACAGAAUUGAAGUGGAAAUCAUUUUGGAAUCAAUAUGUUGGACAAUCAUGCAGACUUUUUAACUGCAGUCAUUUGUUCUUAAACCCCACUUUGAAUGUGUCAACGCAGCGUCCUCCAGACAAAGUGUCCUUGUCUGUUAUUAUUGGUGCCUAAACAGCCUCUGUCUGAGAUGGAAAUGACUGAAUUACAAGCAGCAUUUACAGGCUUGGGCAGAUUUGAUCAUUUAAAGAACAAAACAUCCCCAAACCGUAAGCACAUGAAAAAUGAUGCCACAUAAUAUCUGAUGUAAUUUCAUCCUGUUCAAGAUCUUUCUCUUUCUGUGGUUUAUUUGUUUGUUUUUUUAUGUUUUUGCAAGAAUAAUGAGCUGAAACUGCCUUUUCUAUGAGUAAAAAAAAUCCCUCCAGAACCUUAAGGGAUAUGUCAGUAUAUUUUGGAUACUUUGUGUACAAAAAGAGAACAAACAAAAAAACAGAAAUGAAAUAGUGUUGUAUUUUAUAUAUAAUAGAACAUUUCAAUAUAGUGACAUGUCACUAAUAUAUUUAUUUACUAAUAUAUUUAUCCAUUUUGUCCAGGUUUGAAAGAGUGGUUUCUGUAUAGACUGAAUGUUUCUAUAUGGAAACUGAGCAGUGCCAUCACAGAUGUAUCAACCUGUCUUCAUUCCAAUUAUAUGCAAAUAAAUUAUUUUGAAAUAAAA